AUGUCCGUCUUCUCUCUCGAUGCCAGACAGGGAAACCCUGUGACCACAGAAACACUUGAUGGGCUAUGCUCUCAGUUGGGAGUUCAGAUCAAAGAGGAUGAGAAAGAAGACUAUCGUCGUCUGUUGGCUGUCUUUCACGAUGCCAGCGAACAGUUGAUGGACAUGGAAGGUCAGGAACACAUAAGUCAAAUUCCGAGCUGUCAAGCUGAUCAACUAUUAGACUAUAUCCCUGCGGUGGAUGAGGACAGGUUCUCCCGGGACAAUAUCCACUUUCCGGAGAGGCAAGACAAUCCGUAUGGUGCUUGGGCCUGGAAAUGCACAGUCGUCGACAAGCAGUGUAAAGGCGGCAAGCUUCACGGCAAAACGUUUGUUCUAAAAGACAAUGUUGCUUUGAAGGGAGUUCCUAUGCUUCUAGGUACCAACUUCAUCAAAGAUUACGUACCCGACUGCGAUGCUACUGUAGCGACACGCAUCCUGGAAGCUGGCGGCAUGAUUACCGGAAAAGCUGUUUGCGAGAACAUGUGCCACAGUGCUACGAGUCAUUCUUCUGGCACUGGUGUGGUGGAGAACCCAAUCGCCAAAGGUUAUAGCUCUGGUGGCAGUUCGAGCGGAUCUGGCGUUCUUGUUGCUCUUGGUGAAUGCGAUGGAGCUAUUGGAGCAGACCAAGGUGGCAGUAUCCGCGUUCCUGCGGCCAACUGUGGCAUCGUCGGUCUAAAGCCAACAUUCGGCUUAAUACCGUAUACCGGCAGCGGCUCGAACGAACCUACCAAUGAUCAUCUUGGGCCGAUGACUCGGACCGUUCUCGAAAACGCCGUCUUUUUGGAGGCUAUUGCGGGCAGUGACAACAUCGACGAUCGUUCAUCUGCAGCACCGCCUCCUUCCAAGAUACCUGCGUAUAGUCUGAUAGCUAGUCUUCCCACGGACAGACCACUGUCGGGCCAAAGACUCGCCAUUAUCACAGAAUCUCUAUCUCUUCCAGCCCUGGACAACCGCGUCAUCGACACUUUCAAAACCGCUGUCGCCAGAUUCGAGGCACUCGGUGCGACUGUCGAUGAAAUCUCCAUCCCGAUUCAUUCCAAAGGAUCCGCCAUUUGGACCGGCAUAUCAAAAGUAGGAGGCUAUCUCGCAAAGACAUCCGGCUCAUUCGGUAGGCGCAGUCACCAGAUGUUGACCCUCAAUUCAAAACUCCACCCCAUGGGUCAAGAACACUGGGACAACGCAUACGUGUCGACCAAAAACAUCUACCUUAAUGGUCUCUAUGCUGUCCAAAACUUCCCGCUGCUUUUGGCAAAGGCAACGAAUCUGUCACGUCAACUACGGGAUGCUUAUGAUAAGGCACUAGAAACCUAUGAUGUCUUGCUUACUCCAACACUGCCAUAUGUAGCGACCAGUCACGCCUUUGCGGACGCUACUCCAAUUGAACAGAUCACGAAGCAGAUUGGACUGACGACGAACACGGCACCAUUCAACCAGAGCGGACACCCUGUUUUGGCUUUGCCUAUCGGUAUGCUAGAGGUCCUGGAAGGACCAGGUGUAGAGGCCAAGGUGAAAUUGCCGGUCAGUAUGCAAGUUGUAGGAAAGUGGUGGGAUGAGAUGUCUGUGUAUGAAGUAGCGUAUGCUUGGGAAAGGGCGAAUGACUGGAGAGUGAUGUGA